AUGGCCGUCGUCACCUUCGGGGCGCUCCUCUCUCAGGCCUUGAACUGCUACUUCUACUGCCCCAUCCAUUGCUAUCACAAUCCUCUUGGCCACUUUGAGCCUCUCUUCAAUGACAUCGAGGCGGUUCCAGAGCUUAAGCGAACAUUCUUCCUGGCACUAACCGAAGAUCCCAAUUACAGUGAAAAGUCUCUUGAUCAAAUCAGGGCAAACUAUAAAGCCAAGGUAAAGCGGAUCAUGGCGCUUCAAAUGAUUAAGAAGGCACUCUUACAGACCAACAAGUCACAGUACGUUCUCACUGCGGACGUGUACGCAGACUUUUUUGUAAUACCCGAUAACUGCCGAUUCUUCAUCAAAGAGACAAAGCAAGAUGACAGCUUUCUUCGGUAUUCAGACGAGUUCGAGGAAAAAGUUAAUCUAUUUCUUAUCAAGACUGUUCAAGCCUAUGCCCUUCAGCAAUAUGAUCAGCUCGUUGCCCUCAGUAAGCGGUACGAAGACGCACUUCCCAUUGAGGACCCAUUUGCAAUAUGUCUACGAGAGGCUGUUUCAGCUCCACCCGGAGCUGCACAUGCACCUCUUGUGCGGUCCCAUACCAUCGCCGUGGAGGACGCUGAGAUCCGUACCUUGUUGACUAUGGACCCCAGCAAGCUUCUAGGGAACGAAACUGUCAGAAAGACUCUUGCAGAAGCUAAGGAAAGCACAAAGGCCUUCUAUCCGCUAACACAGACCUACCGUGAACCCAGUGACUAUCAUCUAUUUCUGUUAUCAAGCGCUCUCCAUAGCAUGCCGAGUGAUAGCUACAAAAGCCUUAUUACUCAUGCUUCUGAGUUUAUGACGAAGAAGGCGGUUAAGUGCAACUCUUCUAGCCUAGAUUUAGCCGCCCUUCCUUAUCGUAAUCUCUGGCUCUUCUUCACAAAGUCACUAGACUAUGCGAAAAAUCCGUAUAUUUUAGACAUUGUAGCUGCUGUAGACAAGCAUAAUGAACGGCCAUCCUCCGCAUUAAAAAACCCUACUAGGACAUAG